AUGUUUCUUCUGGUGGGAGCACCCAAAGCAAACACUACCCAGCCUGGGAUUGUGGAAGGAGGGCAAGUCCUCAAGUGUGACUGGUCUUCUCACCGCGGGUGCCAGCCAAUCGAAUUCGAUGCCACAGGCAACAGAGAUUAUGCCAAGGAUGAUCCAUUGGAGUUUAAGUCCCACCAGUGGUUUGGAGCAUCUGUGAGAUCAAAACAAGACAAAAUUUUGGCCUGUGCCCCACUGUACCACUGGAGGACUGAAAUGAAACAGGAGAGAGAGCCAGUUGGAACAUGCUUUCUUCAGGAUGGAGCAAAGACUGUAGAGUAUGCUCCAUGCAGAUCAAAAAAUAUUGAUGCUGAUGGACAGGGAUUUUGUCAAGGAGGAUUCAGCAUUGAUUUUACCAAAGCUGACAGAGUACUUCUUGGUGGUCCUGGUAGCUUUUAUUGGCAAGGUCAGCUCAUUUCGGAUCAAGUGGCAGAAAUUGUAUCUAAAUAUGACCCCAAAGUUUACAGCAUCCAAUAUAAUAACCAGUUGGCAACUCGGACUGCUCAAGCUAUUUUUGAUGACAGUUACUUGGGUUAUUCCGUGGCUGUCGGAGAUUUCAAUGGUGAUGGCAUCGAUGACUUUGUUUCAGGCGUUCCAAGAGCAGCAAGGACUUUGGGAAUGGUUUAUAUUUAUGAUGGGAAAAACAUGUCCUCCUUACACAAUUUUACUGGUGAGCAGAUGGCUGCAUAUUUUGGAUUUUCUGUCGCUGCCACUGACAUUAAUGGGGAUGAUUAUGCAGAUGUGUUUAUUGGAGCCCCUCUCUUCAUGGAUCGUGGCUCAGAUGGCAAACUCCAAGAGGUGGGACAGGUUUCAGUGUCCCUGCAAAGACCUUCAGGAGACUUCCAGACGACCAAGCUGAAUGGGUUUGAGGUCUUUGCGAGGUUCGGCAGUGCCAUAGCACCUUUGGGGGAUCUGGACCAGGAUGGCUUCAAUGAUAUUGCCAUUGCUGCUCCCUAUGGGGGCGAAGAUAAAAAAGGAAUUGUUUAUAUUUUCAAUGGAAGAUUAACAGGCUUGAAUGCAGUACCAUCUCAAAUCCUUGAAGGGAAGUGGGCUGCUCGAAGCAUGCCACCAAGCUUUGGCUAUUCAAUGAAAGGAGCCACGGAUAUAGACAGAAAUGGAUAUCCAGACUUAAUUGUAGGAGCUUUUGGUGUAGAUAGAGCUGUAUUAUACAGGGCCAGACCAGUUAUAACUGUAAAUGCUGGCCUUGAAGUGUACCCUAGCAUUUUAAAUCAAGACAAUAAAACCUGCCCAUUGCCUGGGACAGAUCUCAAAGUUUCCUGUUUUAAUGUCAAGUUCUGCUUAAAGGCAGAUGGCAAAGGAGCACUUCCCACGAAAAUUAAUUUCCAGGUGGAGCUUCUUUUGGAUAAACUCAAGCAAAAAGGAGCAAUUCGACGAGCACUAUUUCUCCAUAACCGGUCCCCAGGUCACUCCAAGAACAUGACUAUUUCAAGGGGGGGACAGAUGCAGUGUGAGGAACUAAUAGCAUAUCUGCGGGAUGAAUCUGAAUUUAGAGACAAACUCACUCCGAUUACUGUUUUUAUGGAGUAUCGGUUGGAUUACAGAACAGCUGCUGAUGUGACAGGCUUGCAACCUAUCCUUAACCAGUUCACUCCUGCCAACAUUAGUCGACAGGCCCAUAUUUUACUUGACUGUGGGGAAGACAAUGUCUGCAAACCCAAGUUGGAAGUUUCUGUAGAUAGUGAUCAAAAGAAGAUCUAUAUUGGAGACGACAAUCCUCUGACAUUGAUUGUUAAGGCUCAGAAUCAAGGAGAAGGUGCCUAUGAAGCUGAGCUCAUCGUUUCCAUCCCACCCCAGGCUGAUUUCAUCGGGGUUGUCCGUAAUAGUGAAGCCUUAGCUAGACUUUCCUGUGCAUUUAAAACAGAAAACCAAACCCGCCAGGUGGUAUGUGACCUUGGAAACCCAAUGAAGGCUGGAACUCAACUCCUAGCUGGUCUUCGUUUCAAUGUACACCAGCAAUCAGAGAUGGAUACUUCUGUGAAAUUUGAUUUACAAAUCCAAAGCUCCAAUCUCUUUGACAAAGUAAGCCCAGUUGUAUCUUACAAGGUUGACCUCGCUGUCUUAGCUGCUGUUGAGAUAAGAGGAGUUUCAAGUCCCGAUCAUAUCUUUCUUCCAAUUCCAAACUGGGAGCAUAAGGAGAGCCCGGAGACUGAAGAAGAUGUUGGGCCAGUUGUUCAGCACAUCUAUGAGCUGAGAAACAAUGGUCCAAGUUCAUUCAGCAAGGCAAUGCUAAAUCUUCAGUGGCCUUACAAAUACAACAAUAACACUCUGUUGUACAUCCUUCAAUAUGAUAUUGAUGGACCUAUGAACUGUACUUCAGAUAUGGAGAUCAACCCUUUGAGAAUUAAGAUCUCAAGUUCACAAACUGAAAAGAAUGACACAAUUGCUGGGCAAGGUGACCGGAACCAUCUCAUCACUAAGCGGGAUCUCACCCUCAGUGAAGGAGAUGUUCACACUUUGGGCUGUGGAAUUGCUGAGUGCUUGAAGAUUGUCUGCCAGGUUGGACGACUAGACAGAGGAAAGAGUGCAAUCCUGUAUGUAAAGUCCCUGCUGUGGACUGAGACCUUUAUGAAUAAAGAAAACCAGAAUCAUUCAUACUCUCUGAAGUCAUCUGCUUCUUUUAAUGUCAUUGAGUUUCCUUAUAAGAACCUUCCAAUUGAGGAUAUCUUCAACUCCACAUUAGUUACCACUAACGUCACGUGGGGCAUUCAGCCCGCACCCAUGCCCGUGCCUGUGUGGGUGAUCAUUUUAGCAGUGUUAGCAGGAUUGCUGUUGCUGGCUGUUUUGGUGUUUGUAAUGUACAGGAUGGGCUUUUUUAAACGUGUCCGGCCACCUCAGGAAGAGCAAGAAAGGGAACAGCUUCAACCUCAUGAAAAUGGUGAAGGAAACUCAGAAACUUAA